CAUGCUGCAAUGCUCCUCUUGCCCACGGUCGUCGCAGCUGGAUCUUUCAUCCCACAAGUGGUACUUCACAUGGAAUUAAUUCUCUUCACUUCAAAGGGUCCUAAAAAUUCAAACCUACACCAGUGUCUCAUCUGCCGUAAGUAUCAUCCGUUGAAAUACUGCAAAAUGUUCUUGGCAAUGAGCGUUAAGGAUCGGCGUCGAGCUGUGCGAGCUCAUGGGUAUUGUAUGAAUUGUAUGGCAAGAUCACAUGAUUCGGCAGGCUGUACAUCACCGGACUUGUGUCAGCGCUGCGGCCAUGCACAUAAUACACUAUUGCAUCUUCCUAUUACAGAUCGUAUACAAGCUAGACCUUCCAAAAAAUGUGAAACUCCAAGAAAUGUACGCUCUAAUGUCACAAGGCAAAAUAAAUCGGUGAGAAACCAAAAUGGAAUUAACAGACGGAAUUUAGCCGAGUGUAAACGACAACGAUCUCAACAAAAGACAACCUCUUCACUUCCUCCCACUACAAAUUUACGGCGAUGUGUGCAGAUUGCGAUGAUGGCAUUGGAUCGUCUGCAAAGGACUCUUUAAGGACAUUAGACCUUCUCUCUUUGGCCAAUACUGGCCAAGGGGGGCAGGAUGUUUACUGUACUUUACCCUUAUUUUUAAGAAAUGAAAUAAGUUUGAACUUUGAUAAUAACUCAAAAAUAUUUUAAUAUGAAUCAGUAUGUAUUAACUUUACAGUACAUAAAUUUUUCCCCCUAUUUUUAAUAUGUAUUGAUCUGGCAAUUAGGGCUCUUUCUUUUAUCUCGUUGGCAGUUCGCAUAUUCUACGAACUGGCCUGUCAAGUAAAGACUAAGCAUAGGGUCUCUUCUUGUCUCAGCAGCGAACCAGAUCACAUCUCACCUAAGUAUAAAUAAAAGUACAAAUGUAAGUUGUUUGAAAAAA